AUGUCUGACAGCAAUCCUCCAGCGGAACCAAACAGAAAUAGAAAACGGAAGAGCGAUUCGUCUUCAGAUACACCGUCUUCAUCUUCUCGUCCUCCACAACCUGUACCGAUUUCAAGACGUUCUUCAACCCAAUCAACAUCGUCCAUCACUGUUGAAAACGUCAUUAGAACGUUGAGUAAACCCCUUGAAGGAAGAAAUCUCAAUGUGAACAAUAUUGCUGAAAAAGUUCUGAAAUUCACAGUUGAAUAUGGCGAAAAAGUUGCUGCUUCGAUUGGGAAAACUUGGUCAACGGUUCGAACGGAAAUGGAGUAUCGCAUUCAUCCAUUCACUCAUGCGAAUCGACGCAACGAAAUGAGCGAGAAAGAACAAAUUCCGUACCUGCGAUUGUCAAAUUGGUUCGAGUACUAUGAGGAAAGUAAAGAUAAAGAAGCGGUUCUAGAUUUGCACAAGAAACUGUAUGAAAGAUGGGAAGUAUUGGCGCUGUUAGACAGUAAUCCUCCGACGGAACCAAACAGGAAUAGAAAACGGAAGAGCGAUUCUUCAAAUACACCGUCUUCAUCUUCUCGUCCUCCACAACCUGUACCGAUCUCAAGCGGUUCUUCCACCCAAUCAUCAUCAUCCAUCACUGUUGAAGACAUCAUUAGAACGUUGAGUAAACCCCUUGAAGGAAGAAAUCUCAAUGCGAACAAUAUUGCUGAUAAAGUUCUGAAAUUCCCAGAUGAAUAUGGCGAAAAAGUUGCUGCAUCGAUUGAGAAAAAUUGGUCAAAUGUUCGAAGGGAAAUGAAUCGUUGCAUUCAUUCUGGGGGUCAAUACGAGAAAAUGCCGAUGAGAAAACAAAUGGUGUACUUGCGAUUGUUCAAUUGGUUCGAAAAUUAUGAGGAAAGUCAAGUGAAAGAAGCGGUUCUUGAUUUGCACAAGGAAUUGGAGAAGAGAUGGAGAAAAAUGGAUAAAGAAUUAGAAGAAAGCAAAAAAAGUAAAGAGGAAAUUGAAGUCACAAAAAGGAAAAAGGCUGUUGAUCGCAUCAUCAAAAAAUUGAGUACUCGCCUUGAAGGAAGAGAUCUCAAUGAGGAUAAGAUUGCUGAACAAGUAAAGGAAUUCACAGAGGAAUAUGGCUUAAAAGUUGCUGCAUCAAUUGGGCAAAAUUGGGACAUAGUUCGAGAGGAAAUGAAUUCUCGCUUACCGGUUCGAAUCAAAGAUAUGGAUGAGGAAAAACAAAGGAUGUACAUGCGAAUGUUCAAUUGGUUGGAUUACUAUGAGGAUAGUGAUGUGAAAGAAGAAGUUUUAAACUUGCAUCUGGAACUGAAAGAGAGAUGGUUAGACAUAAAACACAAAUGGGAGUGGAUAGAGAAUCUCACAGUUGAUGAUAUUCUCGAAGAACUGAGGAAACCUCUUGGAGAUAGAACACUCGAUGUUAAAGAUGUCAUUUUACGAGCCAAUGAAUUCAUUGAAAGAUAUAAAAGACAUGACAAUCCAACAACACAAAUUGCUGUUAUGUUUGGUGAAAGUUGGGCAACUUUUACACGAAAAAGAAAUAUAUAUCUCGUGGAGCAAACAUACGAGGAAAUGAGUUUAGACCUCCAAGAAUUUUACCUGCAAUUGUUCAAUUGGUUGGAAUUCUAUAAGGAAGAUUGGCAGAGAGCAGGGGUUAUAAACUGUAUGGAUCUUCAUAAAAUUCAAACCACCUGUGGAGAGAAUGAGUACAACGAUGGAGUUCGGCCUCUACCAGGCCAUCCACACAUUCCUCUCAGUCUUCGGUGUUGGAAUCAAUAUCUUUCUGUUGUACCUGGCGCUGACAAAGUCACCGAAAAUCAUGCGUCCAUGUUCUGCACUUAUCACCAACAAGUCGUUGACAGAUAUCAUGUCAUCACUGGCUAA